UUCGAUCCUUAUAUCCACCUUUACCCAAUUUUCGAUUUCUUGUUAAACGACGUCGUUAUCCCUUUUCACGACAUUCGGAAAUCCAUUAUCCGAUGUCCGAGAAUUCUUGUUUGUAGUGUUGAAGAUCAAUUGAAACCCACAUUUGAGUUUUUGAAGGAAUUUGGGUUUGUGGGUCAGAAUCGGAUUACUUGUCGAACUACUGUUUUGCUUGUUUCCAGUGUUGAGUUAACAUUGAACCCUAAAAUUGAUUACAUGUUGAGUUUGGGAUUCGAACGCGAUGAUGUGGUUAAUAUGGUUUUGAGGUCACCUGGGUUGUUGACAUUUAGUAUUGAGAAAAAUUUUAGGCCGAAAGUUGAGUAUUUUUUGAAGGAGAUGAAUGGGGAUAUAGGGGAAUUGAAGAGGUUUCCUCAGUACUUUUCGUUUAGUUUGGAGAGGAAGAUUAAGCCUCGGCAUAGACUUUUGGUGGAGCAUGGGUUUUCGCUAUCUUUAUCGGAGAUGUUGAAGGUUAGUGAUGGGGAAUUCAAUGCCAGAUUGAUUGAAAUGCGAUUGAGGAUAGUGGAAGAUAAGCAAUUGUAGUAAGUAAGCAAUUCUUUUCUAUGAGUAGAGUCGAUUUUUGUAUAUGUUGGAGAAUCAUUAGAGUUAAUACUAAAUGUUUGACAUAUAUUCAUUGUGGUUAG